AGUGAUCCCCCUCCCCCGCCCCCCUCCCCCGUGCUCAGCGUCUGGAUGCGAGGUGGAGAAGCCACUCGGUGGCGACAGCAACAAAUUACCCCCCGCAGCAGGAGCUUGGCUGUGUGUGCUGUCGUGGCCGCGUCGUGUCGUCGCCCUGCGAUUCACGUUCGGGGCCGUGACACGCGGCCACAGAGGCGGGGCCGGCAGAGGCGCAGCUGUGUGUGGCCCGUAGGGGUGAAGUAUGUCGGCUGACGGAGAGCCUUGCUGCCGGGUGCUGGUGACGGGAGGCUCGGGCCUCGUGGGCAGUGCCCUUGCUCAUAUCGUGAGCACCGAGGAGCAGAGGCCCAACGAGACUUGGACCUUCGUGUCCUCAAGGGACGCAGAUCUGAGGAGUGUGGCAGAGACGCGGGCCCUCUUCGAGGCCCACAGGCCCACGCACGUCGUCCACCUCGCUGCCAUGGUCGGGGGGCUCUUCAGAAACAUGCAGCACAACCUAGACUUCCUGAGGACAAACAUCCAGAUUAACGACAACGUGCUUCACUGCGCGUACGAGUGCGGCGUGAAGAAGGUGGUGUCCUGCCUCUCCACCUGCAUAUUCCCCGACAAGACGAGCUACCCCAUUGAUGAGACCAUGGUUCACGACGGGCCUCCCCACCCAUCCAACUUCGGGUACUCAUACGCCAAGCGGCUGAUUGACAUCCAGAACAGGGGCUACUGGGAGCAGCAUGGCUGCAGAUUCACCUCCGUCAUCCCCACCAAUGUGUUCGGACCUCACGACAACUUCAACAUAGAGGACGGACAUGUGCUGCCCAGUCUGAUCCACAAGGUUUAUCUGGCAAAACGGGAUGAGACCUCUCUGCAAGUCUGGGGCACUGGGUCUCCCAGGAGACAGUUUAUUUACUCACUGGACCUCGCUAGGCUGUUCAUCUGGGUGCUGCGCGAGUACAAGGAGAGGGAGCCCAUUAUCCUCUCCGUUGGGGAAGAUGAUGAGGUGUCCAUCAAAGAAGCAGCUGAAGCCAUUGUCAAGUCCAUGGACUUCAAGGGAAACGUCACCUUUGAUACAAGCAAAUCGGAUGGGCAGUUCAAGAAAACGGCCAACAAUGCAAAGCUACGAAGAUACCUGCCGGACUUCAAGUUCACACCUUUCCACCAAGCUGUGAUGGAGACGUGCGGCUGGUUUGUGCAGAACUACGAGUCUGCACGCAAGUGAGGGCGUCUGGGCUCCGCGGGCACCACCACGGACAGACAGACGGGCCUUUGUCUCGCUGUGCAGUGUCAACCACUGCAGCCACACACACAGACACACGGGGCAUACAGGGAACAUUGCAGCUACGUGCUGUCAGGGUGGCUAGGGUCUCUACCUCUUCCACUGUUUACCAAAACAAGACAGACUUCUCCAUCAACCUCGGUUUAUCAAAACAGUGCUGUCUACCGGAAUAAAAUUAAGCACACAAUUCCUGGCACCUGAACACAGGGUCAUAUCUGGACAGUUGCUAACCCCACGUGUGGCCAGUUUACUUUGUGUGUGUGUGUGGAGCAUAACACUGCUGAUGUGUGCAGGGUGGAAAUUUAUUAUAAAACAGAAUCUAUAAAGAGUGCAAAAAAUGUUUCACGUAUUAUCGUGCAUCUUGAAAGCAAUAUUUUGCAUAUGAAGAUUUUACGUGUUUUUGGGAAUCGUCUCGCAAUAAAUUAUUGCAGGACUGUUA